AUGUCAGACGAACUUUCCCUAGCACAAGAACCUGUUAAGGAGGAAGAUCUAAUCGUUCACAUCCUAAACCAACUAGGUGAUGAAUAUGGUAACAUUGUUGCAACCAUUAAAUCCCAAGACACUGCCAUCUCCUACCCCGAGUUAUUUGACAAACUCGUAGACUUUGAACGCUCCAUAGAGGAAUCGGAUCCCACUCCGGUCAUGACCACAGUCAACUACACCCAACGCAACAAUCGGCCACCAAAUUGCAACCCACUGGAAAACAGAUCUGGUCGCUCUCUGCAUGCCAACACAUCUAGGCCAAACCGUGCUUCUUGGCCUGCACCAAAUCGAAACAAUGGCAGCCGCCCUUCACGCCAUUCUCUUUAUUGCCAGUUUUGUUCUAUUCCUGGUCAUGAUACCAAGGAUUGUGGGAAGCUGGCUCAGUUCCUCCGUGACAACAACAUCAACAAGGAAAAACACCUGUGGAAACCAAAUUUUUUGAACUUUUAG